AUGUCUCGUUAUCAUCCUUAUUCAAGAAAUAGUGGAGGAAGACAUUACAGCAACAACAAUGGCGCAGGUGAUCAUGCUCCGCAUAUUAAUUUUACUCAUGUUGAUGGUGAUAUUAAAGUUGUGCUGAAAAAAGUUAUUCAAUCAGGUGUAGAACGAUCACUUCUUUUAACACCAGAAAAGUUCUUUGAAAUUUCACACAAAAGUGAUGAUAUAGUAAAAGCCGGCAAAGCUAUGGCUGUUGAUAGCAAUUAUUUUCAUUUAACUCAAUCAGUCUCGAGCCGAAUAUUUGUUUUUCUAUUUGUUACAGAUUAUCAUGGAAAAAACAGUGAAACACAACCGCCUGAUACUGUUGGACCCUUUAAAUUCAUUCUUCGUUCUGAUUUUAAUAAUGAUAAGUAUGAACAUAUGUAUGAAUGGGAAGUCCCAAAUUCACAACUGAGAGUUAGUAUUCGUAAUCGUCGAAGUGAUGGUAAAAGACCCAAAGACACGCAAUUUGUUGUUGAAGUACGUAUUUUCGGUUCAAAUGGUUUACCAACAGACGAUGGAAUCAUGAUGGCAUGGCAUAACUUUAAUGGUACCUUUGUUCAUAAUCGACGAGAGCGCACGAAUAGAAUCGAAGAAAUGCGUCGAAAUGGUGUUUUGAACUUACCAACAAAUUCAAUCCUAAGUAGUACGACAUCAACUUCAGCAACUAUUUAUUCAUCCUCAACAACAACAACAACAACAACUCGAGAUUUACCAUCAUGGACUAUCAGUGAAAACCAUGCCAAUAAAACGGAGCAUUCAUGCGUUAUCUGUAUGGACACAUAUUCAAAAGGUGAAACUGUCAAUGGCUUACCACAGUGUACUCAUUUUUUUCAUUCUAAAUGUAUUCAAGCAUGGCUGGUCGGAAGUAAUUCGUGUCCAACAUGUCGAUCAACAGUUUAA